AUGACCAGCGUUUCCAUGCUUGACGCCGUCAGUGCUAGUGCCAUCAAAGCCAUCGCUCCGCUAUUGCGUGGUAGGAUCCACAGCAACUCGGCUGGCUGCUUCGAGUUCGUCAAGCAGUACGCCACCCGCAACGACCCCGCGUCCGAGAUCGCAGCCAUCGACACGUUCGCCACCACUAACAUGCUGAUGAACGUCGGGGCUGCGAAAGGGGCCAUUGUAGACACUGAGAUCCACCAGAAGAAACCACGCGUCAUGGUUGAGAUCGGCGCCUACACAGGCUGCAGCACCGUGCGCUUUGCCAGUGCCCAACGCGACGCAGCUCAAGCCAGUGGGGUUGACUCACACUACUAUUCUUUCGAGUACUCACCGGAGUUCGCUGCUCGUGCGCGGGAGAUGGUUUCGCUCGCUGGGCUGGACAACCAGGUGACCAUCAUCGAAGGAGCUUUCUCCGAGCAGCUCCACCGUCUUCAAAGCAACCCUGUCGACGUUCGUACAUGCACCUCCACUUACUUGGUCCAUGACCGAGAACUAAACUAA